GCCGGGCCCGGCCCUGUCAGCGCCCCCCCCGGCCCUGUCACAGCCCCGCCGCCGCCUCAGGGGGGCUCGGGACGGGAGCCCCCGGCCCCGGGGCGCUGCAUGGCCCAGCUGCAGGUGGCCGCUCAGCUCCCCGUGACAGAGCGGUGCGGUCCCCAGGUCCCCCAGCCCCGGCUGGAGCAGCCGGGGAGCGGCUGCGGGGAUCCGACACGGGGCCUGAGGGAUCCCCGCGCCCCAGAGGGCCGGAGCUGCUCGUACCGUGUGUCCGCGGAGGGCAGCCAGCACGGCUCCGGGCACGGGGGCUUCUCCUCAGCGGGGCCGCAGGGCAGGCGUGUGACCGGCCAGGCCAAGGCGCUGCCCUCCAAAUCCGCGGCCAGGCGGAAGGAAGGAGUGGACCGCUCGUACCCUCUGAAACCGCUCCUGCGCCUCAGCGCUGCGAGUGUGCCAGCAGCCAACGCGGGACAGCCCAGCAGCUCCCCGUGCAUGGAGGAAUUGCCAAACGGUAGGGCUGGCUCGAAGAGCAAAGGGAAGGCUCCGGCAGGGAGGUCUCAGCCAGCUGCUGUGCUCCCUGCUUGGACAGCAGAGCCUAAGCAGCCGGCCUCCCAUCUGCACAGGAGGGAGCUGGCUUACAUCCUGAGGCUGGAGGCAGACGGACAGAACCUGGAGGAGGAAAUCCGAAAGAAGGAGGCCCUCCUCAGAGAGAAGCUGAGGAGAACAAAAGAGGAGCUCAGGAGGAUCCAAAGAGAGAAGGAGCUCGUGGAGGCAGAGGAGAGAAGAGCCAGAGAUGUGGAGAGGACCCGUGUGCGGAAGGCUGCGAGGCACCCUGAAGAGAAAACUGUACGAGUUACAGCCAGGACAGGUGAUAGGGACUGUAGUGGGGUGCAGUCUGCAGAGGUCACUGUCCCCAGGCCCAGCACCACGCUCCAUCCCCAAGAGCUGGCGAUGGGGAAGCUCAAGAAGGAACGACUGGUGGCCAGCAACAACAAAAUUCGAGACCGUGUACCCGUGGAGGGUUUAGCCUCCUUUUCAGAGCCGGCCUCAAAGCACAGCCCUCUUCCCUCCGCCCUCCCAGACCAUGAUUACGGUGAGCACCUGCCUGCAGAGGUGCUGUAUGCGCAGGCUGCCAGCGCUGCGGAGCACGGGGAGCUUGGGCAAUGCAGCUUCUGCGGACGCAAGUUUCUCUGCAGCAGGCUCAAGAAGCACACGAGUAUCUGCAGCAAGAGCCAAGGCUCCAAGAGGAAGGUGUUUGACUCCAGCAAGGCCAGAGCUAGGGGCACGGAGCUGGAGGAGUAUCAGCAGUGGAAGAGCUCAGAGAGGCCUCAGAAUGAGCCACCCAGGAGGAACAACUGGCGGCGGAAGCACGAGGUCUUCAUCCAGACCCUGCGCCAGGCCCGGCAGGUGCAGCAGGUGCUCUCCAAGGGCGGGAAGGCGUCCGACCUGCCGCCGCUGCCCCCCAUUGAAAAUCCAGACUACGUGGCCUGCCCCUACUGCAGACGCCGCUUUGCGCCCCAGGUAGCUGAGAGACACGUUCCCAAAUGCAAAACCAUCAAGAGCAGGCCCCCGUCCCCGCCGCAGAGGAGACGCUGCUGAGGCAGCAGCCAGCUCUGCCUGCUGCUGCAGUUCCCUGCACUCUCGCUCCUGUUCCCAACGCCAGCUGCGAGCGGUGAGCUGUUAUUUACAGCGAGCAAACGGCUCAGGACACAUAAGCAGAGUAUUAAAGUUUCUGUACUUUGACCUGUGCUGGGUUGUGCCACUUGUGGUGCCCCGGUGAGGGCCUGCGCCCCCCAUCCGGCCAUCUCAGCAAGAAGACAGCGUAGGUGUAAGGAUGUCACUGCAGAGAAGAAAGGGUGUUGCUACGAGCUAUCCCAGGACAGCAACAAGGAGCAAGCCAGCCAUCAGAAAGGGUCUGUUCUUCACAUUUUCUUUUUAUGUAGGCUACAGAGGCUUGGCUCUUUUCUGACUUGAAAAUAGCUGCUUUCCUUUAGCUUACCAGUGUCUGCACACUGUUAUUUUCCUUCCACAAAAGCAAGAAGUGCAGCGGAUGAGACAAACAGCCGGGCCAAAGAGAGCAUCUGCCUCUCAUUUCGGUGCUCUGUAGGUGCAGCCAAUCGCCCCUGAGCACGCCAACAGUGACACGGGUUCUGGCUGCCACAUUGUUUCUGUUGCAAUUACCUACCAGAGACAGGGGUGUGAGGAGUUGCUUAGUUUUGGCCACAGAACACGCUCCACAUUCAAUUCUAGCUGGUGUUUAGACAGAGCCUUUGGAAAAGUCCUGCUGAGGGAGGAGAGGGGGCUAUGUGAGCAGUUUGAAAGCAGCCUACACACUGCUGCAUUUCACCGCCCUCGUCUGUUAGACAACAGGAUCCAAAGCUGCUUGUUGGCCCUUUCUCGUGCUCUGUCCCAUUUGUUGCAGCCCUGGGCAGUUGAAUAAUGAAAGUUGUGGAGGUGGGCUGAUUGCAUUCUUGUUCUGCUCAAGCCCAAGGAUUUUAUUUAGAUUUUUAUUUCGUUCAGAUUGUUAUUUCUGAAAUGCCAGUGCCAAUCCCGGGCCCAUUUCUUGCCAGCAGUAGCACACUGCCACUAUCAGUCGGAGGUAGACUGAUGCCGUUAUUUGAAGCAGGACCACCAGGAGGUGGGGAUACCAUUAAAUGCUUCCUCAGCACGUGAACCUCAGGCUGAGGAAUUCCUGGGGGUGGACGAGCCAGCAGGAGCAGGCGCUUACUGCCCAGGCCUGUGUGCUGGUUCAUGUGCGUGGGGCAGCGGCGGUGCUCAGAGCUGGCCGGGCCGCAGAACACUCAUCCCAAAGUGCUUGCUUACCACGUGCAAUAAUGGGCUCAGAAAGGGGAAAGGGCAGAAGAAGAAACAAAGAAUAGCGCCACACGAGGUCAAAAAUAGGCGAUGAAUAAGCUCAGUCUGGAAGUUAGGUUUCCAACCAGGAGAGGAGUGAGGUCAUGGAAAAUCCUUCCAAAUAGAUUGGAGCGAGGGCAAGGAACCUACCUUGUUUCACGGGACUUCGGGAAGAUCACGGAAGGGACCGUGCUGCAUCAGCUAGAAAAGAAGAACCGUGAUACAGAGCAUUUGUGCCUCUCUCUGGGCUUGUGGCACAAAGUACAAAUAGCAGAUCAGCGACAGCUCCACGCCUCAGUGCAUCACUUUCAGGAGCUGAGAAGGAAUUUCCUUUUCACAGCCACCUCCACCCAGUUCCUAACAUGGCCUCUGAUUGUUUCCCAUCCAAAACGUUUAACAGCAGCUACGGCUAAAAAUUCAGGUAAAAUAAAACAACCACGCAGUACACGGAAGAAUUUCACGUCAGAACACUUGUUAGCUGUUGCACUAAUGUUCAGAGCUAAAUCAACAAGUAGAUUUAAUAUCAAAAAAGAUGGAGAUUUCCUGCAGGCAGAGGCGGCAGGGACCUCCAGCACGCAGGGCUUUCACCUUUCCUCAACUCAUCUGCUUGUUUUCACCUUGGUUGUUGCAAUAGCAGGGAAUUAGGACAAAAGUAUGCCCCUUCUCUUGCUUUAUUCUUGAGGUACAGGAUAGUUCCUGGUGGUUUUGGGUUUAUGCUGACUGUCUUAGUUUGUCACACACUAUUAAAGGGUCUUUUCUGGGGAGAUGGAUGUCCUAUAGACCCGCACAGAGAUGCAUCUGCUCUAAGCUGGCAACGGUUGCUGCCCAUUUCUAAGUCAGUUAUUUUUCCAGCUUCCGAUUUUUGGACUAGUUCUAAUGUUAGACUAGUUCUGUUGUGUAAAAAGUUCUUUUAAACGGUCACAGAGUGCUUUUUGUUCUCGAAGU